AAUAAAAAUUUUAUUCAUCGGUAAGUUUUUGGUGUCAUUUCAAAAAAAUGUGUUUUUGUCAACCGCAUUGUGACGAUGUUCUUUUUCUUCCCCUACAUUUUAUACUCAUUAUUAGUUCUUUUGUUUGUUUGCCCAUAUUUGCGGGUGGGUGGCAAUUUGAAUUGUGCUACACUACUUCUGUGCUAAAUCCACGUCAGUCAAUAUUUUCGAUGUCCAUCCUUUCUGUGUGUGUGAGAGAGAGAGAGAGAGUGACGCUUAGUCAAUAUGAAAUGGAAUCCAAGUGAUGAUGUGAACUUAAAAAUUCCGUGCACUAUCGAUCAAUGGUACACUUGGAGAGUGCCUAUUGCUGGGAGCAAAAAGAAAGUAAAAUUACACAGGUCUACAACUGUAUGAAUAAGAUUCAUCAUCAUCGGAGAGAAGAAAAGCUGUUAUUUGCAGAAUAAUGUGUGUGUGUGUGUGUGUAGAUACCGAUUGUGUUUAAAUUAAAAAAUACUGUCUAGUUCAUAAGCAAAAGCAAAGUGAAUUCUGUCAAUCAAGGUUUCUAAUGUGAUCAGCAUUGUGCAACCUAUCUUGCCAUCCCAGUUGACAUGUGUUUAGGUAUAGGUUUCAUGUUCAUUCAUGCUUUUCAGAGAAGUGUAUAUUGUAUAUUGAUAUCCCUUCAGGGAUUCGAGACUAUGUCACGUCCUUGUGGUGUAAAGUGACAUAAAACCGGAUAAUUUUCUUAUGGGUUUGGGUAAACGUGGCAAUCUAGUCUAUCUGAUCGAUUUUGGUUUGGCUAAAAAAUAUCGUGACAGUCGAACACGUCAGCAUAUACCAUAUCGAGAGAAUAAAAAUCUUACCGGGACAGCACGCUACGCCAGCAUUAAUACACAUUUGGGUAUAGAACAAGCACGCAGAGAUGAUAUGGAAUCGUUGGGCUAUGUAUUAAUGUAUUUCUUACGUGGUAGUCUUCCAUGGCAAGGUUUAAAAGCUGGUACUAAACGUCAAAAAUAUGAACGUAUUAGUGAGAAAAAAAUGCAAACCCCAGUAGAAGUAUUAUGCGAAGGUUAUCCAGUUGAAAUGGCUGUCUAUUUGAAUUACUGUCGGGGAAUGCGUUUCGACAAUGAACCAGAUUAUUCCUAUUGUCGUCAAUUAUUUCGUAGUCUAUUCCACCGGGAAGGAUUUACAUACGAUUGUAUAUUUGAUUGGAAUUUGCUGAAAUUCUCUGGAAAUGAUCAAAACGCUGUAAACAAUACAAGUAAUAAUAAUAAUAAUAACAAUAAUAAUACGAAUGACAAUGCAAAUGCCAAUAUCUCUUUGGCUGUGAAUUACACUCAACAGCAAACAAUACGACAGCAGAGGGCACUAGGAAAUGUUAAAGCAUCUCUUCGAGGUCAUCAUCAUGAUGAAAAGGCUAAAUCUCGCAACAAACUUGGCUCCGGUAAUCCUGGUUAUACAACAACUCAACAGGUGUCUGCCUCACUUAUGAAUAAUAAUAAUUCCUCAACUCCUGCAGCAGCCACAAAUUCACGUUCAGGUUUCACUCAACAAGGUGUUGGCGCAGUGACCGCCUAUCCACGUGGUAUGCCAGCGUCUUGUCUACCAGCUGCCCAGAAUAUGGUUGCUCAGUCACUUCAAGUCAUGAGUCUUCAAUCACAAUCAUCAACCAAUAAUCAUCAUCAUCAACAUCAGACAGUCUCAUCGACUGGUGCUGUUGCAUCAGCUGUCGUUGGACAUCAACACCAACAUCACCAUCAUCAUCAACAACAGCAUAUGCAGAAUAUGCCAACUCAUCAUCAGACGUCGAAUAAUUCGUUAACUCCAUAUUAUAAUCAAUCUGUACAACAACAACAACAGCAACAGAACAUUACACAAUCACCCCAGUUAACUGCAUCACAAUUCACUAAUCCUAAUUCUAAUAUUCCUCCAUAUAUGUUUCUUGCAAACAAUACUACUAACAAUAAUAGUAGUAAUAUUACGAACACAAGUAAUAAUCCUGGCGGCGGUGUCUGUGGUCAACCGACUAAUUCAAAUUUAUAUCCUUCUAUUGAUCCGAAUUGUAUUAUACAACAACAACAACAAUCUCAAAAUGUUUGUUGUUUACCUCAACAACAACAACAACAGCAGACAACUCAUCAAUCCAGUACAAACAGUAAUAAUGCUAAUCAACUUCAACAAACUGCUGCACAACGUCAAGUUAUCCAGUCUAUACCUCAUCAUCAUACUUCCACACAACAGGACAAUGAUGAUUGGCGUGGCGGUGGUAAUCAAAUCCAUCAACAGCAACAAUCGGCAUUUGGCAAUCACCAUCCGCACAAUUUAUACCAUUUAAGACUUCAUCCAGAAUCUUUCGGUGGUGCUGGCGGCGGUGGUAUACCGGCAACUGGUGGUAUGAAUGGUGGUAGUGGUGGACAGUCUGUUGGAGAUAAUUUUACAACGCCUAUAAUUCCUCCUCAAGGACAAAUUGGCACUGGCAAUAAUGCAUUUCGAAAAUAA